AGAGUUUUCUAUGGUUCUCCGUUCACUUUACAUUUUUCAGUAAAAAUGCUUCGACCUACUGUCCAGUGGGCCUUUGUCCUCCUGCUGAUCCUGAUCAUUCCAAAUUGGAUUUGUGGCCUCAAGAUCACCCUGCUCCACACCAAUGAUAUGCACGCCUGGUACGACCCUAUUUCCAGCAAGGGUAGAAAAUGUAAGGCUGGCGACGACGAGCGGGGAUUUUGCUACGGAGGAUUCGCCAGAGUGGCCGCUGUGAUUAAUGACACUAGAAGGGCUGCCACUGAUUCAGUUCUGUAUUUAAACGGCGGCGACUCCUUCCAGGGAACUCCCUGGUUUUCGGUUUACCGAGGGAAAAUGGUGGCACAGAUGCUGAAUUUCUUGUCUCCCGAUGCUAUGAGCCUUGGAGUUCACGAGCUUGACGAUGGAACUGCGGCCUUUGCCGAGUUCCUGGAUGUCAUCAAUUUUCCAGUGGUUAGCACCAAUAUCAACCUGAAGGACGAACCCAAACUGGCGGAACACAGUAAAUUGGUGACCUCUACGGUUAUCGCGAAGGGAAACACAAAGAUCGGCAUAGUGGGUUAUAUAAGGCCGGACACCAAGGAUCGCACUCAGCCCAAUAAUGUGGUCUACAAACAGGAGGUGCCAGCCAUCAAUAAGGAAACACAGAAGCUGGUGGAUCAGGGAAUCAAUAUCAUCAUUGCCCUGGGGCAUUCGGGCUACGAAAAGGAUAAGGAGAUUGCCAGGCGCUGCCCGGAUGUGGACCUCGUGGUGGGAGGUCAGUCGCACACGUUUCUGUACUCCGGAAAGGCGCCGAGUAAGGAAGUUUCGGAGGGUCCCUAUCCCACCAUAGUCGUAAAACCCGAUGGCAGAAAGGUUCCUGUGGUUCAGGCCUAUGCUUACACGAAGUAUCUGGGGAAUCUAUCGCUAGAAUUUGACAACGGUGGUAACCUUCUGAGUUUCAAGGGAAGCCCCAUUUUACUGGACAGCCGCUUUCAGCCCAGUAAGGAAGUUCUACACUUUCUCGAUCAGUACCGCCAGGUGAUCGAUGACAUGGAGCGCCACGUGGUGGGGACCACCUCUGUCUAUCUGAACGGCGAGAGGAGAAGCUGCGGCUUUGGCGAGUGUAAUUUUGGCAACAUUAUAGCAGACAGCUUUGUGUAUGCCCGAGUGCUGGACACCAUGCCGGACAGAAGAUCUUGGACAGAUGCUCCCAUAGGGCUAAUAAAUGCGGGGGCCAUUCGAGCCUCCAUUGAGCCCGGCGAAACGGGUGCCAUCACAGAGGCCGAUGUGAUGACUGUACUUCCCUUCAGCCACGACAUGUUCUACACCAGGAUCAGUGGCAGCCAACUGAUGAAGGCCCUGGAACACUCCCUUCAGCUGCGCAGCAAGCAUAUGUCCAGUUCCUACCUCCAGGUGUCGGGACUCCGGAUGAGGUUCAACCACAGCCGGCCGAAGGGCGAGCGGAUCACCGAGAUUAGGGCCCUGUGCUCCGCCUGCCAGAUUCCGCACUACGAGGCCGUCGAGACGGACAAGUACUACGGCGUAAUACUCACCUCCUUCCUGCUGAAUGGCGGCGAGGGCUACAGCUUCAUCGACCCAAAGCGCCCGGAGGUGGAAAACCUAACACUGCUAGACCGCAAUGCUGUUAUCCGGUAUCUGCAGGAGCACAAGGUCAUCUACCCGGAGCGAGAGGACCGCCAGGCUCCUCAGGAGAAGCACUUGUCCAGCUCGAGUGCUAGCCCAUUGCCCAAGCCCUUCCUACUCUGCCUUCUCCACGGGCUGUACUUCUGUCACCGUCUUCUCGGUUGACUUUAGAGUCUUCGCACUGGGAAACGGGAAGAGCAAACGAUCUGCGUCUCCCUGGGGUCUCAUUAUCAUUAGCAUUCGCUUUCUGUUUUUGCCCAUUGCGCAAUCGCUCGGAACCGAGAUCGGCGAUUAUUCUGUUGUGAGCAGAGACCUUUCCUAUAUAAACGAAGGUGUCUCAGUUCCAUACUUCUAUAUAUUCUAGACUAGCUUUAGUGGUCGUUUUAUUAUUUUCUACGGGUUUGAAUGCUUGUUGCCUAAUAAAUUGUGUGGUUUAAUCUG